AAGUGUUAACUUUAGUCUUCGCUGAAUAGCCAAAGUAACUAGUCGAAAACGCAAAGAGUGUUUGACGGGAUUCGAAAACUAUAAACGAAAAAACGAAAAGUGAAAAAUAAAAAAAAUCUAUUAGCCAUAGUUUCUGAAGAUAACAUUCGGAAAAAUAGCAAGCGAUUUUGUAAAAUAUUUAUUGUUUUUUUAUUUCGAAAUUAAAUUGAGUUACUAUAAACAACAUGGAUAAAUCACAACCUCCACCAUAUGCUGAACAUCAACCAGGAUUUACACCGGCUUCGUAUUAUCAGCCAGGUCAACCGCAUACACAACAACCACAGGGUUUAUAUCCUCCAAUGCCGCAACCACAGCCCUAUAAUCCUCCACCACACCAACAGCCUACUGUGAUUAUUCAAACCACCACCACUCGCCCAAACCUGGUGGCGAUCGGUAAUCAGCCCACACGAAUGCAAUGUCCAUCAUGUCAUGCAGAUAUUGUGACGACCGUUAAGCAUUCAGCCAAUUCAAGGACUCAUUGUUGGGCAUUUGUGUUGUGUCUGUUUAUAUGCUGGCCAUGUAUGUGUGUGCCCUAUUGCAUGGAUUCUUGCCAGACUGCCAAUCAUUCCUGUCCCAAUUGUAAUGCCUACAUUGGAGCCUACGAUAAUUGAUACAGCUUCCAGUUACAAUUCUUCAUUUAAUAUUUCCAGUUUUUAUUGCAUAUAGUAUUGUGUAAAAUGUUUUUUUUUUCAAAGUGUGCCAAAAAAUAAUAUAAUAUUCUUUGUUAAGUAAUUAAAUAAAGUCUUAAAGAUAACAAAUGCGUCAAA